AUGAGAAUAAAGUUUAUCACUCCAAACACAGUCGCACAAAGAAAAGAACCCGAUCCAAUUACCGGAUCCAAUCGACGAAUUCCUUGUUUGGAAUUAUCAAUUCCUAAUAGAAAUUCUCGUCAUUUAUGGGAUACUGCAAGUGGCCUAUCAGGUAUUCAUAAAAAGAGUAUUAUCCACCGUGAUUUUCAUAGUGGAAAUAUUUUGAUAAAUAAUGGUUGGAUUAGUAUAGGUGAUUUAGGAUUAAGUAAAUCUGCUACUGAAGCUGACGAUAAUGAAAUAUAUGGAAUAAUUCCUUAUAUGGCACCAGAGGUUCUUCAAGGGCAAACGUACACUGAAAAAUCAGAUAUUUAUAGUUUUGGUAUGAUUAUGUGGGAGUGUAUGACAGGUAGAAGACCUUUUUGGGAUCGUGCUCAUGAUACUGAGCUGAUUAUUGAUAUUUGUGAUGGUUUACGUCCUCCAAUUGGUGAUAUUGUAGCACCUGAAGGUUAUAUUGAGCUAAUGAAAGAAUGUUGGGACUCUGAUCCAAAAUAA